AAUGAGCGGGCGGGUUGCUGCGGGGUCUGUGAGCGGCGUUUCAUUGUCGGGAACGGCGGCGGCGGCGACAUGAGGGGCGAUCGAGGCCGCGGCCGCGGCGGCCGCUUCGGUUCCAGGUUCCGGCCCUUUGUGCCCCACAUCCCCUUCGACUUCUACGUCUGUGAGAUGGCGUUUCCCCGCGUGAAGCCCGCUGCCGAUGAGACGGCGUUCAGCGAGGCGCUGCUCAAGAGGAACCAGGACCUGGCUCCCACCGCUGCCGAGCAGGCUUCCAUCCUGUCCCUGGUGACCAAGAUCAACAACGUCAUCGACAAUUUAAUCGUGGCACCGGGAACGUUUGAGGUGCAAAUCGAGGAGGUUCGCCAGGUGGGCUCCUACAAGAAGGGCACGAUGACGACGGGGCACAACGUGGCAGACCUGGUGGUGAUCCUGAAGAUCCUGCCCACCUUGGAAGCCGUGGCAGCCUUGGGGAACAAGGUGGUGGAGAGCCUGAGAGCGCAGGACCCCAGCGAAGUCCUGACCAUGCUGACCAACGAGACCGGCUUUGAGAUCAGCUCAGCCGACGCCACGGUGAAGAUCCUGAUCACCACGGUGCCGCCCAACCUGCGCAAGCUGGACCCGGAGCUGCACCUGGACAUCAAGGUGCUGCAGAGCGCCCUGGCCGCCAUCCGGCACGCGCGGUGGUUCGAGGAGAACGCCUCGCAGUCCACGGUGAAGGUUCUGAUCCGGCUGCUCAAGGACCUGAGGAUUCGCUUCCCCGGCUUUGAACCGCUCACGCCCUGGAUCCUGGACCUGCUGGGUCACUACGCCGUGAUGAACAAUCCCACCCGGCAGCCCCUGGCCCUCAACAUCGCCUACAGGCGCUGCCUCCAGAUCCUGGCGGCCGGGCUCUUCCUGCCCGGCUCCGUCGGCAUCACGGAUCCGUGCGAGAGCGGCAACUUCCGCGUGCACACGGUGAUGACGCUGGAGCAGCAGGACAUGGUGUGCUACACCGCCCAGACCCUCGUGCGCAUCCUGUCCCACGGAGGAUACCGGAAAAUCCUGGGCCAGGAGGGGGACGCCAGCUACCUGGCCUCUGAGAUGUCCACGUGGGACGGGGUGAUCGUGACGCCGUCGGAGAAGGCGUACGAGAAACCUCCGGAGAAGAAGGAAGGGGAGGAAGAGGAGGAGAACCAGGAGGAGCCGGCGGCAGGGGAGGAAGAGGAGAGCAUGGAGACGCAGGAGUGACACCUGUGGCACCUGCAGCAGGUGAGGGGACACCGGCCCGGGUGUCCCUGUGCCCUGUCCCUGUUUUGUACGUUGCACAUUAAAGUGUUCCCCCUUUCCA